AUGGCCAAAGGAAAAGAUACGAGUUUGUCAAUUAAUGCCAAUGAACGAUCAUCAUUAUUAAAUAAUCGACUAGAUGAUUCAAUACAUUCAUCUCGAAGAGAAUCUAUACGUGCUCGUUCAUCAUCAUCUGUUAAUGAAGCGACUAAAAAACAACGCUUUCGUGAUAUACGUAUUUGUUAUUUUGGCAUGUUUGUUAGCUCAAUUGUAUUCAGUAUCACUGUUUCAUCACUUUGGCCUUUUCUUCAAAUCAUUGAUACGACAUCCGAAGCUACUUUUCUUGGAUGGCUUGUUGCUGCAUUUUCUAUUGGACAAUUAAUAGCAUCACCUCUAAUUGGAUAUAUUACAAAUCAAACUAAUAAAAAUACAAUGCCUUUAGUUAUAAGUACAGCAUUGAUUGCUGCAUCUAAUAUACUUUAUGGUUAUGUACAAAGUAUUAAUAAUGUUGGUAUGUCAAAUAAAUGGUGGCUUAUGCUUUCUCGUUUUAUUAUGGGAAUUGGAGCAGCUAAUUCAACGAUAAUGAGAUCAUAUGCUUCAUCAGCAACAACAAUUACAGAACGGACAGCUGUCAUGGCUAAUCUAUCAGCUUAUCAAGGAGUUGGUUUUAUUAUUGGACCUCUUAUUCAAGCUCUUUUUGCUUUUAUGGGAUAUCCUGGUCCUGUUCAUAAGUCUUGGUUAUAUCUAAAUAUUUAUACGGCUCCAGCUUUUUUCAGUGCUUUAACAGCUGCCGUUAAUCUUGUGCUGUUCUUAGUUGCAUUUGGUGAUACACGAGUUGCUACAUCAACAAGAAAAGAUAGUGUCAAAAGCACAUCAAAUCAUAUUCAAUCAAAAAUAAAAUCUUCCAAACGACAUGAUCAAUCAAUGGCUAUUAUAUGUUGUCUUUAUAUGUUUUUUGUUGCUUAUUUAACAUUUACAAAUUAUGAAACUAUUGCUUCACCACUUUCAAUUGAUAUGUAUGCAUGGUCCAAAGAACAAAGUACUAGAAAUAAUGGUUAUAUACUUGGUGUACUUGGUGUUAUGUCUGUUGUAGUUUUAAUUGUUACGAAAUUAUUAGCAAAAUGUCUUCAAGAUCGAAUGUUAAUGUUGCUUGGUAUGAUUAUAUCUUUUCUAGGUUACGCUGUCUUUUUACCAUGGGGUUCUGAUUAUCCAAGUGUUCAAAUUGCAUCAUUUACACCUACGACUGUAACUAGUAGUGCACCAAUAACAACCAUGACAUCUAGUUUACAAACAACUACUGCUGAUGCAGGCGAUAAAGGUUGUCCACUUGAUUAUCAAUGGUGUUAUUAUAUACCACGUGUACAAUUAUGGCAAUAUAUAUUAGCAUCAGUUAUUAUUACAAUAGGUUUUUCAAUAAGUAAUGUUAUUUGUUAUUCAAUAUUUUCAAAAAAACUUGGUGAUCGUCCACAAGGUACAAUGAUGGGUAUAUUUACUAGUGCUGGUUCAUUUGCACGUGCAUUUGGUCCAAUAGCAGUUGGUUUUCUUUAUAAACAUUGGGGACCACGUGCUAUGAUGAUAUUUAUGCUUGUUUUUGUCUUAACUAGUAUUAUAGCAUUACUAUUUAAUUAUCAACGAUUAGAUGUUGAGGCUGAAGAAAAAGACGAUUUUGAUGAGGAUGAUGAUGAUGAUGAAGAAAGGAAUAUUAAUGGCGGUGAUCAAUAUAAUAACAAUGAUGAUAUUACUGAAUAA